UGCUCACAGUGCAAACGAUCGAGAUGUCCGACAAAUUUUGCUCGUUGUAAAGAAAUGCGGAUUCGGCUGCUAAUGCCUAAAAGGUGCGUCUUAAUAAUUUGAUAUUUUCUUCAAUUUUAGUUCUGUUUGCUGCAAUUGACAUCAUGCUUGUCAAUAAUAAAGUGUAUUUAGUUGUACUAUGUUGCGGUUAUUUAACCUUAUCUGCUGCUGUGUUGGGAAAUGCAGCGUCAAUUAGUCUAAAACAGGCAGCCGGCGAAAAUUAUUUAUUAAAUGUAGUAAACAAUCAUUCGAGUUGCUUUGACAAAACUCUAAAAGACAGUUGCAUCGAUGUUUUACACAAAGUUAGUGAUGAAUCUUUGGUCUGUUCAGCUUAUUUUGACCUGUACCUUCACUUGUGUACGAAUGCCUCCUUAUCGCAACCAACCAGGGAAGUAGGUGCAGAUAUUUGUAUUGACUUGACCAAAUUCUAUACAAAUUACAAUGCGACGACGUAUUUCACAGAACAGAUACAUAAUUUCAAGUUGCGAUUAGCUGACAAAUGCAAUGAGUUGUGCAAUAAUAAUAAAAGUCUUUGUGAAACUUUAGUCUCGCCAAAAACGAUUAUAGCAGCUAUGGAUGUUCAGCCAAAUCAAUUGCCACCAAAAUCAAGUCCAAUUAAAUCGACUAUUCCAAUACAAAAUGAGGGACAAGUUGUUAAAAACCAAAAUGACAAUGAGAAAAAUACUCAAAGCAGCAAAGCAUUAGGUGUACCGCAAACUAAUUUAAAUGCUCAAGAUAAUGUUAAACCCAACAAAACUAGUGCUAUAUCAGAAAAUGCAAGAGCUGAAGAUCAAAAUAGUAUAUCAAAGAAAACACCAAUUGAUACUAAUCUUAAUAAUGCCAAAACUUCUAUUUCUGAAGCAGUGAAUGACAAAAACUUUGAUAAUAAUAAAAAGUAUGAAGAAUUUUUAGCUGUUGCAAAUACUCCAUUAUUAGAAAAGAAUGACCAAGAUUCAGAACAGGCGUUAGAUCUGAAUAAUGUGAAUGAUAUGGAUAAUGGUGAUGACAUUGAUUCAGAACUCGGGAUGGACCAAAUACCUGAAUUGGAACAUCCAGAAAAAUACAAAUCAAAAGAUGUAGAGGUGGCAAAUGAAGUAAUAUUGCCAAGAGACGAUCAGACGCAACCAUUUGUUGAAGCUGAAGACUCGCAUCUGUUUAGUUAUCUCUUAUGUGGAAUGGCGCUAUGUGUUCUGGGUUAUAUUCUUGCUCAUAACAAAAAUAAGUUGUUAGCGUUUGUAUUGGAAGGACGUAGAAGUUCAGGCAGUCGUGGAGGCAGAAGACGUCAUACUGCUUCUUAUCGCAAAUUAGAUAGUAACCUAGAAGAAGCAAUAACUUCAACUGCUCGCACAAGUUAUAGCCAAGUGAUUUAUUAAUGUUUGUUUAUAGUUCUUUUGUACAGAUUUUUUAUAAUUAUUGAAACAUGUAAAU